AUGGCGAACUGCACGUCGCCUCCGGAUUCUGCUGCGACCGACGCUGGCGUCGCUGGAACUGGGGUUAUCCUAAGUUUUGUUAUCACCGCAGCGGUCGCACUUGUCAUAUCCGCCACCUUGGUAUUCCAAGAGCAAUUUUCGAAGCAGAUAAAGCCCUCGGUUGUACGACGAAAACUCCUCAAUGCAUAUUCCGACCAGCAGAUUCUUACGGGCAUUGGCAUCCAGUCUGUGGGGCUGGUAAGGAUGGAUGUCAUGAUUCCGUAUCAUUUUUUCAUAAUAUGGAUGCUUUCCUUGUUGUCCAUGGCGGUCCACAAUGCCACAUUAUUGGCAUUGGUACAUGACUUCCGAAGAGACUGGGUUCUACGAUGGCUACGCCAAUUCCUGAUGUUCGUAAACCUCGCUCUGAGCAGUGUCUACGGAGGUUUCGUGCUCAAGGCUGUGGAAAGACAUCUCACCGAUUCGACGCUACCAAUAUCCUGCGUAUGGGACCCGGAGGCUAUCACUGCGGAGGACGCUGGAACCAACGUCGGCCUGUCAUAUUUCGCCACAAUCGCGGUCAUCGCGGCAAACGCCAUCCUCUUUGCAGCAGCCACGUGGUAUUUACACUCGCGAAACCAAAAGUUCUACCGAACGAUCCAGCUUGUCGGCCUGGUGCUCAUGACGGCCAGCGCAGUUGGUGCUACGGUGAGAGUGCUCACGUUGUCGCAAGCCUUCGGGGAGCCCUCCGUGAAACUAAGCGACGAGGGUGAGAGGACUUGGAGUUUCGGCACGCUUCUGUCCCUGAGCAUGCUUCUUCUGCCCGUCGUGUCCGUCAUUGAGAUUCUUAGGGGCGAGGUUCGAUGCGCGCCACCCGUUGCAGAUGACGACGACAAGACGACAUUUCUAGGCUCAAACGGGAAUGAGCUGCACACCUUUCAGCCAAAUCCUUUCUGGGGGAGUCAGAACAAUCUCAUCAAGAAUCUGCAAACAGAAGAGCACUCCGAAGCCCAUGAGUACGCAAGCAGUUACACCCUCGGAUUCUGGAUCGAGUGCGGCUGGACCGUGCACAGGUUCAACUUCACUAUUACCAACUCCUCCGUCUUCAUCGCCCAGAUCGUAUACCUGACCGACAUCUUCAUCCGACUCCAGCCCUACGCUGACGCGCUAGGCAUCAACUGGGAUAUGGACCAGCGGGAGCUAUAUAUCUGCAAGAUGCCCGAUAUGCAUUCCUCCCGAGGCUACGAGGAGAAACACCUUUCUAGAUUGGAGCGUCAGAUCAAGCUCGGUCAUGUUGGCAAGGCGGAGCUGCAGAAGCAUCUUCAGAGGAUGGCGGCGAGGGAGUGGAAUGAUAUAGUUUUUGUUAGAGAUGUGAAUGAAGAGAUGCUAGUUAUAGAGCGAAGGCUAUGGAGAGUUCUCAAUGGCAUUUCACAUGAUCUUUUGACGGAUUAG